AUGAACGGUGUGAAGAAAAGUCCCGAGUCAGAUAAUUCAGAGGAUUCGGAGAUGGAAGAAGAUAUGUUCGAUGGUUCUCUGCUUGCAGAUUCACCCACUCCAUCUGAAGAAUGCACUAGUACUGAAAAGUCGCAACAUUUAGCUGCAUGUACCUCACUAACUACGACAAAGAUGCCAGCUGAAUCAUUGUUGCCGCACCCCAUUGAAGCCGCCUCCUCUACGACAAUGUUUGGAGUUGCAAGCGCCUUCGAUCCGUUGCAAUUUGAUCCGCUACGAUUGCUUAUGAACCGAUCUCUAAAUGCAGCCGUGUUAAACCCAAUUCUCGCCCAACCCGGAGCAAUAUUAAGCUUGCAGCAGCAACUAUCCAAGCACAUCUCUUCGACGUUGACGCAACCAAGCCUUAAACCAAAUCCAGGUUGUUUGGUCAAACAAUACGAGACAGGAAGGAUUGAAACGUCAAGCGGCACUAAAAUAUCACUCGAUAGAAAACGGACUGUGGAUUGUGGAAGUAAUUCAUCGUCUAUUUCAACGACACCAAAACGUUCAAAGCUGCUUAUUGAUGAAAUUCUAAAUCUAAAAACCAACGAAACAUAUUCAGCGGAUGCACAUGAAACUGUACCCGAUGGAUCUUUACAACAAGAAAACUUCUCUUCACCUUCCACAAGUAGGGAGCAAUCUGUGGAACCGAAUUUGACAAAGGAAGGUGAGAAAGCGUAA